AUGAAUGAUAAUGAUAUCAGUUCGUUAUAUCCACCUCCGCCUCCAUACUACAAAUACUUUACCAAAGAAAACAUAGCUCGGUUCAACGAGUGGAAGAAACAGGAAGCACAAGCACAAGACGAACCUUUGGCCCCACCAGGUGAACUCAAACUUCUAGUACCGCCUCAAGUACCGUCUGGAACGCACUACCGAGGGUAUGGUAACUUGUGGCUGUUUGAAGAGAAGCUCCCGUCGUUGAAAGACUCUGGCUGGAAACAAUUAUAUACUGAUGAUGAUGAUACCAUUAGUUCCAAGCAGAAGAUCGAAGAACUCCACAAAUUAAUGGACUCAUUAUUGGUCAACUUUCUAGAACUCAUAGGAGUGAUGUCUGUCAACCCGAGUGAGUUCCAUUUGAAAAUUGAAGACUUGAAACUCAUCCUAAUCAACAUCAACCAUCUUUUAAACUCCUACAGACCUCAUCAAACAAGGGAGACACUUAUCAUGCUUUUGCGUAAGCAAAUAGAGUCCAAAAAGAAAGAUAUCACGGAAAUAGAAGAUACAAGCAACAAGAUAAAACAAAAAAUAGCUUCUUUGGUAGACUCAAUCAAGGUAUCGGAGCCAGGUGAUCAACAUCUUACAGAAUCUACUCAGCCUAAAGAGUCAUUGCAAGUACAACUCAUAGAAGAUAACUUAUUAGCGGGUCUAUAG